GGGAGAAAAGGCUGGAAAAACCCAGGUACAUAAUUGGUCUAUAUCCUGCAUUUUGUUCGUCUUAUUGAUCUACAAUGGGAGGAGUAGUGGGAAAGGAGGGGGAGUCUCCUAGAAAGGGAUUGAUUCCAGAAACAAAGCUCGAGGCCAAAAUGGUGAAAGCAAUGCAGAGAAGGGAAUCUGAAGGAUCUGGAAUGAAAUCGUUUAACAGCAUUAUCCUGAAAUUCCCAAAAAUUGACGAAAGCUUAAGAAAAUGCAAAACCAUUUUUGAGCAAUUUGAUGAGGAUUCAAAUGGCACAAUAGAUCCAGAAGAGCUUAGGCAUUGUUUUCACAAAUUGGAGAUAUCUUUCACCGAAGAGGAGAUCAGUGAUCUCUUUGAGGCAUGUGAUAUCAAUGAGAACAUGGGUAUGAAGUUCAAUGAGUUCAUUGUUCUCCUCUGCCUCGUCUAUCUUCUCAAGGAGGAUCCAGCAGCUCUUCAUGCUAAAUCACGGAUGGGAUUGCCAAAUCUGGAGGCAACAUUUGAAACAUUGGUUGAUACAUUUGUUUUCUUGGACAAGAAUAAGGAUGGCUAUGUCAGCAAACAGGAGAUGGUGCAGGCAAUAAAUGAAACUAAUUCAGGAGAAUGCUGUUCUGGUCAAAUAGCCCUGAAGAGAUUUGAAGAGAUGGACUGGGAUAAAAAUGGAACGGUGACUUUCAAGGAGUUUCUUUUUGCUUUCACCCGUUGGAUUGGGAUUGAUGACAUGGACGAAGAUGGAGAGGAGAAAGUUUAAGUUCGACUCAGCGAUUCACACAAAUAUCAGGAGACUUUUUACACCUUGUGGUACUACGAGCUAGUCCAUUACUCUAAAAGAGUGGUCAAGCUUUGAUGUUAGGUUAUGGUUUGCACAUCCAAUAAUGGAUGAACAGGACAUCUUGAUUCAGUGCCACCUAUGCUCCUAUCUGGUUUGAGAAUUUUGUUGUAAAUAUUCUGAAGAGUAUAUACUUUUGAAUCUGCCCACUGUUGUGGAUGUAACUUCUGCUUUCCGAAAUUUUUUAUUCUCUAUCUGCUACAUGACCCUUAAAAUUAUCCAAACUUUUGUUGAUCAUAA